GCUUUUAGAGUCAUAGACACGUGUACCGGGAAGUAGGAAGUAAAUAGUGAGCACUCGGAGUGCUGCUGGAAAGAAAUCUGGCACAAUGCUAGAAGGCUACAGCCCUGUGACCCAGGCACUGCUGGGGACUCUGUUCACAUGGGGCCUGACUGCUGCUGGAGCAGCCCUGGUGUUUAUCUUCUCCAGCCGACAGAAGCGCAUCUUGGAUGGGAGUUUGGGCUUUGCAGCUGGGGUAAUGCUGGCUGCUUCCUAUUGGUCACUGCUGGCACCGGCCAUCGACAUGGCUGAGGAUUCUGGGAAGUACGGCUCAUUUGCUUUCGUGCCUGUGGCUGUAGGAUUCACACUGGGGGCCGCCUUUGUUUAUUUCGCUGACCUUGUCAUGCCCCUGCUGGGUGUGGGUACGGACCCCCAUACUGCCUUUGCUCUGUCCCCUGACUCCAAGAUGCACAAAGAAAAAGCAGAGGAUCCCCCAUUCCAGCUUCUGGACUCUGAUAAUAUGACCAUCAGCAUAGAUAAAAUCGAGAACGGAGAUGUCUACCAGAGGAGGAGAGGACUUCAUGUGGGCAGCUCAGAAGGACAAGAAACAGGAAGUAAACAGCAGGAAGUGGCCGGGCAGACUGGUAGCAGCUGGCGGCGAAUUCUUCUCCUCAUCCUAGCCAUCACUAUCCACAACAUCCCAGAGGGGCUGGCAGUCGGUGUUGGUUUUGGAGCUGUAGGAAAGACUCCAUCUGCUACCUUUGAGAGUGCCAGAAAUUUGGCCAUUGGCAUCGGCAUCCAGAAUUUCCCUGAAGGGUUGGCAGUGAGCCUGCCCCUCCGUGGAUCAGGGGUCUCAACCUGGAAAGCUUUCUGGUACGGUCAGCUGAGCGGCAUGGUUGAACCGAUUGCCGGGCUGCUCGGCGCCGUAGCUGUUGUUCUGGCAGAACCUCUGUUGCCAUACGCGCUGGCGUUUGCUGCCGGGGCGAUGGUCUAUGUGGUGGUGGAUGACAUCAUACCUGAGGCUCAAGUCAGUGGGAAUGGAAAGCUAGCAUCCUGGACCUCCAUCCUAGGCUUUGUAGUGAUGAUGUCACUAGACGUGGGUCUGGGCUGAGGUCACCAUGAGGCCCGGCGAACCCUCACUGGCCAUGAUGUCAUCACAGUGAUGCUGACCUCAAAUUUCUUUUAAAAAAAAAGGGGGACCAAAAGAAGUGUUUGAUUCUGAAACACUGUUGAUCCAUUUAGUUUGAAUUGUUGAUCGUGGAAUUGAUCAGGUUUGGAACGAUGAUCGUACUUGAACAUUUACUUUGUGUUAUUUACAUGCUAACAGUGAUUUCCUGGGAGCACCUUCCAGAUUUUUGAUAUCUCUAAUAUUUCAUUUAAAAAUUAAUUUCUGAAUAUUUAAAUUAAUCUUCUUCAUAUUCAGGACCGCUGAAUGUUUUGUUGGGACAGCUUUUAGAUUCAGAAAAAUAUUUUAACAGAACAGAUAUUGUCUGUAAUUAAGUUCAAAUUAAUGUUGUUGCUUUGUUUUUUCCAUUUUCCUCGUGAUCACAAUACUUGAACUCUGGUAUUUGGCUGGCUGUUGUACAGAUCUGCC